AUGGCUGAGGAUUCCUUCAACGAGGAAUAUCUGGAGGAAAAUCAGAAUCAGAGUGAGGAUGAUGAAAAUGGGAACCAGACUCUAACGGAAGGCACAACUUCUGAGAAAAAAAGUAUUCAAGAUGCGAAGUUCGUGGAUAUUCUGAUAUCCUUCGGAAAAACGCUGCUGGAAAAAUCUCAAGUGCCGGCGAUGAAGCAAAAGAAAAAAACUGCCAUGCAUGAAGUGUGUAUCCAGAUGCUAGUCCAACACGGGAUCAAUAUGACUGUUCGGCAAGUCAUGAAGAAAAUCAACAACAUGAAGCAAAGGAUCAAGGUAAAAACGGAUCGUAGACAAACUGGAAACCGAAAAAUUAUUUUGAACGAGUUGGAAAGAAAGUUUUUUGAUUUAAUGGGAGGAGUCGAAAACCCCAGUACUAGCAAAUGUUCAUGUAAAACAUUAUUUCUGGUUUCUUUUCAGAUGACACGACAAAGACAUCCAAUUCAAAGCAUCGGUCAAAAAACGAUUCUUGAAGAACAACUCAAACUGAUAAAAGCUCAACAGGAAUACACGGCGCAAUUACAGACCCAACAAAAUGAGCGCCACGAGAAAGAAAUGGAGCUGUUGGUGCUCAAAAGAAAGCUAACGUUGUUGCUGAAAGCUUCCGUAUCGAUUGAAGAUUCCUAG